UAAUAAUACGCAAUGUGACAGUCAUGCCAGGGCCUUGAAUUUGAAGAAAGGCGGACAGAUUGAUUCUCACAUCUCGCUGAUGCUGCAACAUUACUACGAGAAGACAGCUUUGACUGACAACUGUGAGAAAAUUUGUUUGGAAUUACAACACCAAACACAUAAUUUUGAGAUACUUGGUAAACAGGAUGGAAAAGUGAGAGAAGUGAAAACUUCCAUCUUCCUGUUCUGUCUAUUGCACACUUAGUCAUGAGAUCACAGCGCACGCGCACAUAUGGUGUCAACAUCAUGUUUUCAUCAGAACGGAUUUAUCUGUGUUCUCCUCUAUCAGUGUUCUCCUCUAUCUCCUCUAUUAAUCUCGACAGCCGACAUCAUGGGGAACAAGGAAAACUGCCCCGCAGGGUUAUCGUUACACCAGCCAGACGAGAUCAUUUGGCGGAUAGGGGGUCAGUCAGCCACUCUCCCCUGUAACAUCGCAUAUGAUAUUAAUAGGAAAAUUGAUGUCCUCUGGUUCGUCUUCAAGCAGGACGCUCACCACUCGGUCAAUCUGAUGACCCAGCAACACAAAUACAGCCUGGAGAGAAACAGCCUAAAUAUCAACUCACUCCAGGCCAAUGACAGCGGGGUGUACCACUGUGCUGCCGUGUUUAGAGACGUGGUAUGCAGCCGGGCACAGGAGAUAGGGCAGGGCACCACGCUGGUGGUGAGAGAGAGGGGCAUGCAGAUGGCCUGGCAUGUUUUGCUGUGGCUGCUGUUUGUCGUGUUGGUCUUGUACAGUCUGGCAAUACUGAUUCUGAUCAUUCGUAAGAAGACUGGGAAAGACAUUGCCGUUUGCAGAGGCACAGAGAAGAGUGACUUCCAGAAGAAUAAAGUUCGAGUACAGUUUGGUGCUGUUGUGCAAGAGCUGUACGGCAAGAGGAAGUUACAAAGUAACAAGAAAAACCCCAACCACAGUGGCCCUGCUCAAAACAAGGUUGAAAGCCCCCACUCCAACGAUCCAGAGGACAUUUACCAAAACCAGUGACUCAACAAAAAGGAUAACCACUAAUGACAGCUACUUCCCUACACAGACUGAUCUUCAGGCAGGGGAGAGUAUAAACUAUAAGGACACUGCUGACUUGCAAAACGACUAACCAAAAUCUAAAACUGACCCUGACCUUAACCAAACCAGUAACCCUGACCUAAAUUUAACAAAUUCGGAAUAUCAGUUUGCAGGUCAGGAGUGUCCGUAUAGCCUUUUCCUCUUCAGUCAGUUUAAAAUGGAAAACAUGCUAUAUGGAGAGAGUAACAAGACAAAAAUAAUCCAGAUUUGAUGAACUUCAAAUGAAUCAGAAAGAAAAACAGAAGUCUCUGUACUGAAUCUGAAGUUGAAUAUCCAAUUUAUUUUGUCCAUGUUUCAGUUUCAAAAGUCAGCGUAAAUAACACGUGCAAGUUAUUUGAAUGAAGGCUUAUUGUUUUUAAUUAAAAUGGAAUCAUUGUAAAAAGACUUGUAGAAAACAUUCCCCAACAAAUUAAUGCAAAUCAUUUGAAUGAAAAGUAAUAGAAUAUUUGAUUGGUAUUAACUAUUUAGACAAAGGCACAGCAUCACAAUGGUUCAGGUCCCAUGAUAACAGUAUGUAGUAUAGACAAUGUAUACACAAUGUCAAAGACAAUAUCUGUUUUACAUUCAAUUUUUUUGGAGAACAAAAUCUGCAAACUAAUAAACUAUGUGAAAGUAA